CAGCUCAAAAUGUAGUUAUUAGUUACUAGUUAGUAACUAAGUUUGUCGUCAUUACCUUCUUCAUAAUUGGUUUUUGCUCAUUCGAGCCGAGAAUCGGAAAGUCAUUUGGCGGCUUCCUUUCUCGCUGUUCACUUAACGGGGAGCGUAACACCGUAACAUCUUUUCUGUUAUGAAUGCGCGCGAAACCCAGCAAGAAGACGUUUAUGAUGACCUCACUCACGCGCAUUUCUCCACUCGUCAACGCUCUCUUCCCUCUCUGCUACUCGCAUUUCUCCCUCGCCUGUCAAGUCCUCUUCCGCCGCCGCCCCAACCACCGCUUGCUCUUCCAUGGCUGCCUCCGCUAGAAUCGCCGUCGUCGGGGACGUGCAUGACCAAUGGAAUCUAGAGGAAGAUACAAGGGCGCUUCAACUCUUACGGCCGGAUCUGGUUCUAUUCACAGGUGAUUUCGGGAAUGAGAACGUUGAACUCGUCCAGAGUAUCGCAGAUCUUCAGUUCCCCAAAGCAGCUAUAUUGGGGAACCAUGAUUCCUGGACUACCCCAAAGUUCUCUGCAAAGACAAAAGAUCGCAUCCAACUUCAGCUGGAAAGCCUUGGCGAUGAGCAUGUAGGGUAUAGUCGUCUGGAUUUUUCAGAACUUAAGAUCAGUGUCGUUGGUGGACGUCCAUUUUCUUGUGGCGGAGAACAUCUGUAUCGGAGAAAGCUUUUGUCUGCAAGAUAUGGCGUCCAUGACAUGGAAGGAAGCGCCAGGAGAAUAUACAACGCUACUUUGGGUACUCCAGAAGACAAUUUGGUCAUUCUUCUUGCACAUAAUGGACCUACAGGUCUCGGCUCUAAUUUAAACGACAUUUGUGGGAAAGAUUGGUCGGUUGGUGGUGGUGAUCAUGGUGAUCCAGAUCUAGCACAAGCCCUGUCCCGCUUAAAAGACUCCUCGAACUUGAGCAUCCCAUUGAUCGUCUUCGGUCACAUGCACAAAGAGCUGGCAUAUCGCGCUGGUCUUCGCAAAAUGAUCGUAGUUGGAGAUGACGAGACCAUCUACCUGAAUGGGGCCAUCGUGCCUAGAGUGAAACCUGUGAGCCACGAACAAGGAGCUGCCCAGCAAAGUGAAGGCACGCUGCGAGCCUUCACCUUAGUCGAAAUCGUGGAUGGCCGAGUGGCGAGAAUCGCAGAGACUUGGGUCUCAGCUCUGAAAGAUGGUGGCGCGGCUGUGGCAGAGGAGCUAGUGUUGUUCGACAGCGAGCCAUUAGGGUAAAUUUCCAAAAGCAUGAGCUUCCAUUGUUGGUCAUUCCUUUGUAUGUAUACUUAUCUGCUUGACUUGUAUUAUCCACCAUUAAAACCAGGACCUUGGGUCCCUGUUGCUGUUUGUCGUAAGGUAUAUUGUGAGACCUGGAGUAGUUAUAAGGUGAGCUGUCAAUUAUCGGCAUUGUCUCUAUAGUUGAAAACAUACAUUGGUGGGUUGCACGUUACGAUUUGAUGAUGGAGGUGAUAGUGCAAGAACACUGAAACUAGGCUACUAAGAAAUGAGCAAAAUUGAUUGUGUGAUAGUGUUUACAAAAGCUUGGGAGAGAACGAAUUAGAAAGAGAUAUUGAUAAGGUGAUAAAAUUUUAUAGGGAUAUGCACUAAAACUUGGUGGAUCUAAGCUAAAUUUUUUAAUAUUUAUAACCUAAACAACUUUUUAUUCGAACUUUGUGAGAGGCUAGAAUAUACUCGAAUCGUUUUGUGGCAAAACAUCAAGAUAUGAUCGUUAAGAGAUCAUAACUUCCAAAAGUCUUAAAAAAUAUUUGUUGUCUGUGAUUAUUAAUUUAUUAUUACUAAUUAAGUAUUCGGGACUCGAGAGUGAAGCAUUUUCUUCAGUGGACUUGUUUUACAAGAUCAUCGAAGCAUCGAGUUGUAAUGUGAAUCAAUAGUUGUAUACUCGAAAUUAUGAGAUUAAGAAUAUAAAGUCGAAAUUAAAUCAUAUCUUAUGAAGGUCAACUAUAUUUCAGCGAAUACAAAUACGAAAUCAUCUACGUUUUGUGAAAGAAGUGAUAGAGAUCCAUGGCUCCUAAAGGAAUUGGGGAGUCCACCAUGAUGCUAUGCCAACUAAGUUUUCUUUUUCACACUAAAGAGUAAAGAGCAUAACUUUCUUGUGUCUUUUGAAGAGCCCCAUAUUUCCAAGCAUUCCCUUAAGUAGGGGGUACUCCUUUUUCAUUUUUUGACCCGGUCCAUGUUAUCCUUGUAGUCAAAUCAAGUCCUACAACAAAAGCUAUUAUGACAUUUCUUUUCCAAACAAAAAGCAUUACAUCAUACACUCUCCAAAUGCACUUGCAUGAAAAAUGUGUGGGAGACAAAUGGCACCUUGUGUAGGUAAGUGAUGAAUUGUUAUGUGAUUCGAGUUUUGUAUUCCGUGAAUAUGUGAAUCUUUUAUGUGAUUUUUAAUCGAAAUAGAACUCAUUGAUAAAUUGGUGAUAAGAAUUAAGGUAUCUAGUUCAUUUAUUGUGACAACCCAACAUUUCAUUUUCAAUAUUAUUAUGGUUGGUUGGUGUUGGAGGACCAUAUAGGUUGGCUCCCACUCCUCUCUUUCAAUUCCUAAACCCUAACUCAUUGGCCAAUUGGUCCCCAUAUGAGGAGGGUAGUGGACUAAUCCUAUUCAUAGCCUACCCAUGUUGUCCAUUCCAAACUAAAGGAAUUCCUAGUUGCCUAAGCUUUCUCCAAAACUACAUAGUGCCCAUCCCUUUCUAGCUAGUAUUACAAGGCAAGCUCUUGUCUUUACUUUCCAUCAACGUUGUCAAACCGGUUUAUACUAGUGUGCCGGUUUAGCAAGUGGAAUGGUUCAACCGGUGGCACAUACCAGUUUGUGCCGGUUCAUGCCGGUUAAUAUUACAAAUAAAAUUAUAAAUACUCAUAUUUAAA